CAGAUCUAAUGUUACAGUUGUUAUGCUUGCAUUAGACUGUUUAAUUAGUUGUUAAAAUGAUUACGUAGACAGUUAUGACUCUAAGGCGAAGCUUAAUCCGAAAUUUCAGAAACGUCACUGUCAAAAAAUUUGUUUAGAGGGCGCUGUACCGGCGGCAGAUCCAAGAAUCAAGAUGACGUCCCUUGUCACCGAUGUUCUGCUCGCAAACACGGAUCUGUUGGAAAAGGAAGACCUUGGGACGCGCAUCGGCAAAUUAUCAACUCACAUUGAUGAGAUCAAGGGUGAAAUCUACCACGCCGUACACGAGAAGUAUGCUAACUACAGACCCACCAGGGACUCCACCCAGGAGCUACACAACAAGGUGCAGACACUGUCCACUGAGAUGCAGACUCUCAGCAAUAAGAUCAAGGUUAAACAACAUGGUGACUCCACUGUGGAACCAGCCGUAUGAGGACCAGCUAUCCACCAAAUAGACCAACACCAGGGAGUUUCUGAGGAAUUUAUCCAAGAUGCUGUAACGGAACAUUGGGGAGAUGUCUCCCUGUCUGAAGCAACAAAGGUGAGCUACCCGCCAAAGACACGGGAUGGUUGUGGGCCAGAAUGGAAAUGUGAUCUUCGUUGACAAAAAACUGUUUCCAGACACAGUUUUCUGGCAAGUGGACUUACCGGUACAUGUACAGCUGCCCUGAAAUUUCAUUAAAAGUCCAGAAAAUGAUGCCUCAUUUUUCUUGAGAAUCAAUUAAAACUCAGCAAACUUUGGGCCAACUUCUGAAAUAAACUUCCUUUCCACACACAAAAGUCCCAAAGAUUAAAAGGGGGGGGGGGGAGUU